ACCUCGAGACAACACAACAAGACGACGACCUCGAAAAUGACAGACCUGACACCUUCGGUCCACGAUCUCCUCCGGGAGAAGAAGAAACAACUGGCGACUGACCAGGACAUCCCGUCAACAACUGUCCAGAAUCCGAAAGACGUUAAUGAAUUCUUAAAAGAAGCAUAUCGCAUUAACUCUCACAUCCAAUCCCUCCUGCACUACCUCCAAUCAAUCCGCCACUCAUACCUAUCCAUCAACACCAACAGAAAAAAUCUCAACGAACCCAGAGCGACAUCGCCAACAACAAAGCUACCAACAUCACAAACCCUCUCCGACACAGACCGCGACUCAAUCGAUUCCUCUACCGCUCUACUCCUCCGCGAUUUAUCAUCUAGUAUUUCGAAUUUACAGUCUGCCGAACAAUUACGCCAAGAAACUGAGCGGCAGCUCUUGAAUAAGAAAUAUGGCCAUUUCAAGGGUACGGGGAUACUAUGGCGCUGGGCAGCGGGUGAAUCUGACACCACAACAACCCCGAGAGACAAAGAACAAAUCAUUGCCGAAGAGACUUCACGCUGUAUACGGAUGGUCAGGGAGAACGUAUUAUGGUUUCUAAGGAGGAAUCUGGAGCAAGUUGCCGAGGUGCAGAGGGGCAUGGUUGAGAAGAGGAUUGAGAGGGUGAGGGAGAAGGAGAAGAGUGUUUUGUACAAGGCUAUUCCUCCGAAAAUGCAAUUACAGCAAAUACAAGAGGAGAAGCCGAUUAGCAGAGAACAGCAACAAAGGUACGAAAAGGCGAGUAAGCUGUCGACCGAAGAAACAGCUACCAUUGAAUCUCAGCUUUCCGCUGAACAACUCCAACUCUUUGCGGAAGAGAAUGAUCUCAUGCUGAGGCAUUAUGAGGAUACAUUAAGUAAAGUCCAAAACGCAGAAAAAUCCCUCCUCGAAAUCUCCUCUCUCCAACAAACCCUCGUCUCGCACCUAUCAACUCAAGAAGAAUACAUAACCCAACUGGUCACGGACGCAAGCACAACGGCUGAGAACGUGGGUAAAGGGAAUAAAGAAUUGAAGCGAGCCAGUGAGAGGAGGAGUACGGCGCAGAUGGUAUUUUGGUGUACUGCUGGGUUGUGUGUGUGGUUAGUUGUUUGGGAUGCUAUUUUCUAAUUUAUACAAUAUUCAUGUAUUGGAUAUGCUGUAUGUAUGAGCACCGAGAUGGAUUCAUGGCCUAUCUACCGCCAAUAUGUACCGUACAUCCAGAACCGAAAUUGCCAACAUAAAAAAAGUCCGAAUGUGGACAUGUCUAACCAAAAUCCCAGAAGAUGACUCACUGAGUCUCGCGAACAACACUGUCAAUCGCCUCGGCCACAUAAUCGAUAUUAUGCGAAUUGAGGCCUGCCAUGGAUAUACGUCCAUUCUUAGUCUGUAAUCGUCAGUACACAUCCAAUUUUAGAUUGACAGAUUGGCAUUAGGGAGGGGAAAGGGGGGUUACCAUGUAAAUAUGCCACUUCUCCCUCAAAAUCUGUACUUGCUUCUCACUCAACCCCGUGAAACUAAACAUCCCAAUCUGACUCGUAAUAUGUUCCCAUGACCCAGGUGUCUGUCUCGCUUCUAAUCUUGAUCUCAGACCUUUCCUCAUUUCUGCGAUUCGACCACUCAUCGUACGCAAAUCCUCUUCCCAUUCUGAGAAUAACUUGGGGUCGUUGAGGAUGAUACUCGCAAUUCUGGACCCGUAGGCGGGAGGGUUUGAGAUUUCAGAUCGUUGCAGGAUCGCGAGUUGACUGGCAAUAUGUUGUAUACUGUUAUCGGGCUGAUUGGGCGGGGAUACGAAAUGGUAAGCGCCCGCCCGUUCACCGUACAGGCCAAAAUUCUUCGCAAAGGAUUGAGCGAUACACGUCUCAAAUCCUUGUUCGACAAAAUACCGAAUCGCCCAUGCGUCGCGCGCAAGAUCACCAGACGCAAAACCCUGGUACGCGCAGUCAAAGAACGGGAAAUGAUUCUUUGCCCUAACGACUUCUGCGAUACGUUUCCAUUGGUCGGGCGAAGGGUCUACACCCGUCGGAUUAUGGGCGCAUGCAUGUAGCACGAUAAUUGAGCCUGCAGGUGCGUUGUUCAAUGCAGAUACCAUCCCUUCGAUAUCAAGACCUUUGGUUUCGCGAGAGAAGUAGGGGUAUUUCGCGAUUGAGAGACCGACGUUUGUGAAGAUUUGGUUGUGGUUUGCCCAUGUGGGAUCGGAGAGGUAGACGGUUGGACGCGGUUGUUGGUGUGGAUGGAAUUUCGCAAGGAACAGAGCACCGAGGUGCACGGCGCCGGUGCCGGAGAUGGUUUGGAAUGACGCUACCUGUUUUU